AUGGUCUCAUGGAAUGUCUUUCGCAUACUGGGUGAUGUCUCUCAUCUGGGCUCAAUAUGUGUCCUGCUUUGGGCCAUACACAAAAACAAAAGUGCUGAGGGGAUCUCUCUACUUACACAGCUGCUUUACGGAGUCGUUUUUGUAUUCCGAUAUCUCGAUCUGUUGAAUCCGGCAACCUACAAGAUUAUGGGAUCAGUUGGGACAUGGCAUGUCGUUUGGAAUGUCACCUUCAAGCUCUUCUACCUAACCUCAUCGUUUUAUGUGAUUUUCCUGAUGAUGAAGGUCUUUCCGCGCACCAGAGAAAGGGAGCGUGCUUGGAAACUCGGAAUGUGGUCUGUGGCAGGAUCCCUUGUUCUAGCUCCAAUUGCGAUAUCAGUUCUCGAGCAGGAGUGGCCUGGAGAUUGGUUCAUUGAGCUUUGCUGGGCCUUCUCCGAAAUCCUCGAAUCCGUGUGCGUUUUGCCACAGCUCCUUUUGCUCCGCCAGACAACCGUCCCGACGGUCAUCGACUCCUACUACUUGCUUGCAUUGGGGUCUUACCGGGCAUUCUACAUCCUCAAUUGGAUCGUUCGCCUCUUCAGCGCAGAACCGUUCCAUGAUCAGAUUGCGGUCGUGUUUGGCAUUGUGCAGACAGCAUUCUAUGUUGACUUUGCCUGGGUAUACUAUUCGCGCCAACGUGUCAAGCUCCGCAACGGUGGUGUCGUUGACUCCGAAGAUUAUGGGAACAGUUGGCUUGUGAACCGUGUGAUGAAUUUCAGGCAAUCCCGUCGUUCCACAGACGAAGAACAGCGUCUCCAGGACGAGGAGGAAGGAGAGGGCCAGACCAAUCACAACCGAUGGGGCGCUCGUGGCAUUUCCAUUGCAGCAGAUGACACCCUGGAAAGUGAUGGUCAUAACAAGGCACACCGCCAUGACGACAGCCUAGACGGGUUUUCGGGAGAUGAGGAUGAAACUGAUAACCACCGAGCCAAUCUCUCUCGGUAG